CCUCGCUCAGGCAAUUCGCCCUGCUGGCGCGGUUUCUACAGACGACACGGUGCCCAAACGUAUAUAACAAGCAUCGCUGAAGCCAUCUAGUUACCAUACAAGCGCAGCGAGCGCGCCACACGGCUGUCAAGCACCAUGCUGCUGCUGCACCUCAGGCGCCCGGCUGGGCGCCUAGCGGCGCGGCGCCUCAAAUCAAUCGCCGCGACGCCCGAAACGGCACCAGAUAUCGUGAUCGUGAACCCGCUCAAGACCGCGGCGCCCGCGUCCACCUUGGUAAUAGACCUCCCCGACCGCUCGGCGCUGACGCCCUCGCAAUUCAUCAGUAUAGCCGGCGAGCUCGGCAAGAGUAGAUUGAGCGGCUUCGUGGCCAUGACGGGCGCCAUGGGCUAUGCCGCGACUGGGGCGCCUUUAUUGGCGCCCGGCUUCGCGCUGACAACUUUGGGCGUCUUCGGCACGUCGUGCGCCGCGAACGCGUUGAAUCAAAUCCGGGAGACGGAGCGGGACGCGCGCAUGGCGCGGACGCGGAAGCGGCCCCUGCCGUCCGGGCGAUGCUCGCCCGAGUUCGCCGCGGCCUUCGCAACGGCAGCCGGCGGCGCCGGCGCGUCGGCGCUAGCUGUUUUGGAUCCCGUGGCGUCGGCCCUAGCCGUCGGCAACAUGGCCUUGUACGCGGGCGCGUAUACGUCGCUGAAACCGAAAUCAGAGAUCAACACGUGGGUCGGCGCCGUCGUCGGCGGCGUACCUCCACUCAUCGGCUGGGCCGCCGCCGGCGGGGCCCUGUACGGUCCCACGUCCCAAAUACACGCCGAAACGUUACUCCAAAUGGAGCCCGCGGCGAUGCUCAUGGCCACGCCGGCGGAGCCGUGGUUGUUGGCCGGUGCUUUGUAUCUCUGGCAGUUCCCCCACUUUUUCGCCUUGGCCUGGGUCCAUCGCACGGAUUAUGGCCGAGGGAACUUCGCAAUGGUGCCUUGUAAUGAUCCUUCUGGCGUGAGGACGGCGAACUUGAUACUGAGGUACGGCCUCUACUCGUCGGUCUUCCCCUUCGCCGCGGUGGCCAUGGGCGCCGCGUCGCCCAUGUUCGCCGUCGAGGGCUGCUUGUUAAAUGGCGCUCUAGUAGCUGCCUCGAUGCGCUUCCGACAAAAAAGGACAACAGAAAACGCGCGGACGGUCUUCCGCAUCACGCUCGCGUAUCUGCCUCUCCUACUCUUCUUCCUGCUAUUGCAUUCCGAAAGGUUAACGAGGGACGAGGAAGGUAGACCGGCCAAGUCGCCGACGCUGGGGGACGCGAUGCGUCCAAUCAAUGACUUGGGGAGGAUGCUCUGCCUCCACGAACUCCACCCAGCGACUCAGCGGCGGCGCGCGUCGACCGACGCCGACACGCCUUCAUUUUGUCCAGUCGAUACUGGCGGGAAGAAGGACUUGCCGGGGACGCGGCGAUAGCGUCUAACAUGUGUGUG